GCAAGAGCGACAGCACCGUGGACAGCGCCAACCCUCCUGCAUCCGGGCAGGGUGAGGCGGCAGCACCGCGGACAGCACCGCACGAGGGGGCGUGUGGGGGGAGCCGCCCGGCGAGGGGAGCGCAGGAGCGCAGCAGCACCGCGGACAGCCCCAAAGCCGCGCGCUCCGAGCCAGGAGGAGGGGAGAGGAGGCCUUAUCAGCUGAUGGCUUACGUAGGGCUAGAUCUCAACUUGGAUAAGGCAGGUCUCGGUGGGCGCGACAUCAUUCGCUCUGCAGAGACGCAGCCUCAGACAGGGUGGCGGGGACAACCGGGACAGAAGGCAGGUCCCAGAAAGCAGGUCUCCCCCAAAUUGGCUUCCCUAGCACGGAGUUAAAGCUGCAGCCGGCUGCCUAGAGAGAAGGGUGGGCAGGGAGACAAAGCGGUGAGAGCGACCGCUCUGACGCACCAGCCCCUCUCCAGCAUCCACACGCUGCGGGCCGCCCUGCUUCUCCCCCAUCGGGGAGAUGCUCGGUUCUGGGCCGCCAGACAGCCUUUUCCGCCAAGGCAAGGAGCCCGGGGCUCCUAACCGCUUAGGCGGGCCCUGGCUGGAGACGCAGCCCCUUGCCUCUGCUUCCUUAGCCUCUCAGGGCUUCAGACCUGCAGCACUUGCAGCCAUGCCGUCUCCCACGGAUGCUCACUAGCAGGAGAUUGGGGCCAAAUUCACAGACACUUUCCAGAAACCCCACCACUGGCCAGAGGUUGCAAACAUCCAGGUUGGCUCUGGGCGCAGUGGCCACCUUAAGUCCUCCUGAACACCCUUUCUGCAAGCACCCCAGGCCGGUCUCCUGACCCAGAGAUGGAUUUACCUGUGAACCUAACCUCCUUUUCCCUCUCCACCCCCUCCCCUUUGGAGACCAACCGCAGCCUAGGCAAAGAUGACCUGCGCCCCAGCCCGCCCCUGCACUCAGUCUUCGGAGUGCUCGUUCUCACCUUGCUGGGCUUUCUGGUGGCAGCGACGUUCGCCUGGAACCUGCUGGUGCUGGCGACCAUUCUCCGUGUGCGCACCUUCCACCGCGUGCCCCACAACCUGGUGGCGUCCAUGGCCAUCUCGGACGUCCUGGUGGCCGCGCUGGUCAUGCCGCUGAGCCUGGUGCACGAGCUGUCCGGGCGCCGCUGGCAGCUGGGCCGGCGGCUGUGCCAGCUGUGGAUCGCGUGCGACGUGCUCUGCUGCACGGCCAGCAUCUGGAACGUGACGGCCAUCGCCCUGGACCGCUACUGGUCCAUCACGCGCCACCUGGAAUACACGCUCCGUACCCGCAAGUGCGUCUCCAACGUCAUGAUCGCGCUCACCUGGGCGCUGUCCGCUGUCAUCUCUCUGGCUCCGCUGCUUUUUGGCUGGGGAGAGACUUACUCUGAGGGCAGCGAGGAGUGCCAGGUCAGUCGUGAGCCUUCCUACGCCGUGUUCUCCACCGUGGGCGCCUUCUACCUGCCGCUCUGCGUGGUGCUCUUCGUGUACUGGAAGAUCUACAAGGCUGCCAAGUUCCGCGUGGGCUCCAGGAAAACCAAUAGCGUCUUGCCCGUAACCGAAGCUGUGGAGGUGAAGGACCCCGCCAAACAGCCUCAGAUGGUGUUCACGGUCCGCCAUGCCACCGUCACCUUCCAGACAGAAGGGGACACGUGGCGGGAGCAGAAGGAGCAGCGGGCCGCCCUCAUGGUGGGCAUCCUCAUUGGUGUGUUCGCACUCUGCUGGAUCCCCUUCUUUCUCACGGAGCUCAUCAGUCCGCUUUGCUCCUGUGACAUCCCCGCCAUCUGGAAAAGCAUCUUCCUGUGGCUUGGCUACUCCAACUCCUUCUUUAACCCCCUGAUCUAUACGGCUUUCAACAAGAACUACAACAGCGCCUUCAAGAACUUCUUUUCUAGGCAACACUGAGGGAGAGGACUAGGAUUAAAGGGAGUUUCUUCCCAUAAUUCAGUGGCAUUCCCCGUUCAUCCAUUUCCCAUCCCCAUCCAGCAGCCACGUGGCGAGAGGAAUCCUCACCAUUCUCCAGGGUCAUCUUCAGAACUGCAUUGGCCUUUCCACCUCCUCAGUAGGAAGAUGAAUCCUCACAGCAGUUUUGAUGACAUCGUGUAUCUAACUUACCUACUAUCCCUGCCUCUGCGCUGACAGCCAUGGACUUUGCCCACAAAGUGCCCUUUCCUCCCCUUAUUCACUUGGCAUGGUGAUCAAUGUUGUCCUAAGGAAGUCAAACAAGGCAGAUAAGGAGGAGGAUGCAAAACAAUAUGGGCAGGUUGAGAAUGGAUAGAAAAGAACGAACAAGUCAUGAUGUAGACAUCUGGGGGUAGGAGACCACAGUUCCAUGCUUUCUGGCAUAGUCCCCAUUUCAAAUAUUCUCCUCUGUGGUCCUAGUACACAUACCCUAAUAGCAGUGGGGUAUGCCCCAAGGGUUGACCACAAAAAACACUGUCUCCAAAUAUAUUAAAGUACAUAGUCCUGUCCAUGAGGGCAGGGAAUAUUAGCUUUAAGGUUUUGUUUGCGGUAAAUACACACACACACACACACACACACACACACACACACACACACACUAUGAAAGAGGCAGGCAUUCUAGCUGGCUAGUUUACUCCAAAAUGCAAUCCCCUGACAUGAAACAGGCACUGAGGGUCAACUCGUUCCUUCCAUUUUGAAGCAACAGUUUAUAAACAAUAGAAAAGCCUUCUGGUCUCACACAAUCUGUCAAACUUUCUUAUUUGCUACUGGUUUCAUGUGUGUGGGAUAUAUUUAAGUGUUUCUGGGCAAAGACCUUGGUCCUCAGAUCAUGAGAUUAUAGCUCAGCUGCGAUAAGGUUGAGCGUUUCAUGAUCAAUGACUAUGAAGGCACAUUCACCAAACACAGGCACUUUGGGGGCCUCUUUGAUGAAUUUGCUAACUGCUAUUUUUUGUUGGUAUGUGAAUACCUGCUAGGAGGCCAAGACAAGAAAAUAAUGAAAAAGAUGGAACAAGGAUAAGCUGCAACCUCAGUCCUGUACAAACGGACAGUAUACUUGGGGAGGCGAGGCCGUUAAGUGAUGAGGCAGCAUUCGUACGGUCACAUACAACCAGUGCCAUUAUACACAAAUUUAAAAAAAAAUCCUAGGCAAUAAAACUGCCUGUGGUCUGCUAUGUCCCUGACUCUUUAAAUGCAUGAAUUAAAGAAUUAUACGUUAUAAUAAUGUCUGAAUUAAUUGUAAUUCGUGCAAUAUAUUGUAUAUAAUAAAUAAUAUCAAUUGAGAGUUCAAACAGGAAAUUUGUGAUAAUUUAUAUGUGAUCUUGGCUUGAAGUUUAGGCUUGCCUUUAUUGCAAAUACUGGCUUUAUCAAAAGAAUGUGAGAAGAUAAAUGUUAGACACCUGUCAAGUCACGAUAUGCUAAAUGCAGAUCUUUAUGCAUUCAAGCAGAUUCAUUGAGAAAUUUAGUGACAGGAAUUGAAGGAUUUAUUUAGAAACAUCCUAGAUUUGUCUUCUGUAUGUAUCACUUGAAGUGCUAAGCCCACAAGUAUUUUAAAACGCAGACUGUUCACUUACUCAAGUUACCUUUCUCCAUUAUUACUUGAAGUCAGAGAGAACAACACAUGCUCUUGCCGUCUAGAGUUUUAAUAAGGGAAGCGUUUUCAAAACUUUAUUCAGUACCCCAUGGCAGAGAAGAAAUAUUCCAACUGGACGAGUCUGGAGAGGUGACACUAGAAUCGAGGGUAAAAGUUUAAGUCUAUUCUACCUGAAAAUCCAUGUGAAAACUUUCACUCCAUAAAUCACGUGUGUCUUACUGUUUCAAAGUUCAUACUCUUC